AUGGCUAAACUGGCUUUCUCUUGGAAUGCUUUUGGUGUUGGUGGAACAGCUGACAGUAGCUCAUUUGUUGGUGUUUCUGAAGACAUUAUUAAGGUUAUAUUAUGUGGUCAACCAAUUUUGUGCAAUCUAGUUAUCAACCCACUGAAUGAAACAAAAUAUUUACGGGCUGAAAAGUGUAGCACUGGUGAUGGUCUUGGGGCACCUGUUAUCAGUAUCCAAGUUGAUUUUCCCAAGUCAAACUUAAAGAUGGGAAGCUUCAACAAGAGUACUUAUGUUCUUUCUAUUCAGUUAAAAGAGAAAUUUAUUGCAUAUGUGGUAUUCAUAAAUGUUGAUUAUAGGUAUGUUGUCGUGUUUCAUUUCAGGUCGUUGUCCAGGAAUUCAGUGCCAUCUAUGAACCAGAAUUUUGUUAAUGUCCUGCACAUCUAUGAUCUGUUUUCCUCUUUCCAAUUUCAGCAUGAUAGGAAAAAACUUAUUUGGGAUUUGAGGAUUCAUCACUUCGUCAUUAGGCUACCAUCACAGAAUUGUGAAAGGAAAGAACUUGCCAUGUUGGAUGAGCUUUAUAACCAGUUUGAGGUUGGCCUUACUGGGUUUCAGCUAGCCAAGUUGGGUUUACAGGUUGACCUUUUGAUGGUAAUUGUGAGGAAAGUUCAGGUCUCAUUGUUGGCAUUGAAGACAUUGAUAUCAGAUACAGACGUUUUGAGAAAACUUGAUUCAGGACCUUCAGUUGGCAGUGAUGUUGAAUCCACAAUGAUUGGUCAGAGUUCCAUGAAAUCCGGGGCAACUAAUGGCAUACUUCCCAAGUUUUCCUUGUCAAAUUUAUGUGGUGCAGAUGGCACAGUAUUCGCAGGAGUUUCUGUUGACCACUUCCCCUUUUUAGUUGCAGAUUACUGUUGUGGAUAUAGUUUUGGGUGCUUAGGAGCUCAAGAUGUUGAAGCACAAGAAAGUUUAUACUCAAAGAAUGAGCAAUGUCAUGACACUUCAGGUGUGAAUGGUUAUCAUGCAUCAGAUCUUGCCAGCAAUACACACGGUAAAACCCAGCAUUCAAAUUGUUCAUCCACCUCAUCAAAUGACCCCAAGAAUGCCAGCAGAACUGUUCUGGAUCUAUCACUUAUUUCUGUUAGAGUACAUUUUCCUGAAUCAUGUGGUACUUUAGCAACAAUAACCAUUCCUGAAUCUAUAUCAGCACUCACUUAUUUUGAUGCAAGCUCAUGGGACUUACUACUGUCUGCUAAAAAUUUGACUCUUGCUUCACCAUGGACUCCACCAAAUAUCCAUGAGCUGCUCUGGGGCACAUCUUCACAUCGCAAUGCUAGUGCACUCAACGUUCGAAAGGCAAAAGGACUUACCUGCACUGUCAACCAAGAAUUCCCUGUGGCAGGUAACAAUCUUGAGUGCUUGGGAGAAUCACAUGACUGUGUAACAUACAAAUUUGAGAUCAGUGAUUGUGUUGUAAUUUUUCCUGUGAAAGAGCAAGAUUUCUUUUGUCUAAAGCUGGAGGUUCCACAUUUUUUCUGUGAGUUCAUUGCAACUGGAAGCUCUGUAGAAUUUGCAAAGCGUAUCCCCAAAGAAUUCUUCAGUUCGGAGUGCAUAGUUUCCAGAAGAGUUGAUGUCAUCUGCAUAUAUGCAAGAAAUGCAUCCAUAUCACUUCUAAUUGUCAGCGACCAUACAGAUUUUGUGCUGAAGCUUGAUGAGCGUUCUAAGAGAAUCCAUUCUCUUAUUGAAAAGCUUGAUGCUGGCAUAUGGAUUCAGGUUCCUUGCAAAGAUAUACCAUACUCCCAGCAGCCUACUUUACCCACCUCAAUUAUGAGCAAAAUAUCACGAUGCAACUUGAUUGCCGAAGGUGAUAGCUGCAUGAAUUUUAAAUGCGAUUUAGAGAGAUUGAAGUUUUCACACCAGAUAUUUAACUUCUGGCAUAAUAUGGAACUCAAAUUUCCUGCUGCAUCAUCUGCAUCCUCUUUUUAUUCCGUGGCAUUCAAGGCAGGAUUGAGGAAAGGGUCUCUUCUGCUAAAUGAUGGAAGGUGGGGCAGUCAUGGACCUGUAAUAGAGAUCUUAUUGAAGAAUUUAACUGUGCAGUUUAGUCAAAUGAAGGAUAGGACAGAAAUUUCUGCUUUUGUUGACCUUUUAGUAAAUUACAAUAACAUUGACAAGGCGAUCCUCAGACUUAGCCAGAUGAUUACAGAUUCUCUUGAUCCAAAGAAGCGCGAUCGUCAGACCAUCUCAUCGAGAAAACGAAUGAGUGCUGUAUCACACUAUAUGAUCUCCAUAGAGUUUGAUGGAACGUCAGGCCCUUCAAAGCCAAUGUCAAUGGACCUUGUGGGCAUUUACUUCUUUGAAGUAAAUUUCUCUUCAAGUAAAAAGCCAAUUCUCGGCGAAGAAAGUUUAGGAGCAUUUUCGUCUAAUGGAAAAGGCAACGAUGGGUUAAUUGUGCCUGUGGUGCUCGAUGUUUCCUUACAGAACUACAGCAAGCGUAUACGAGUUUACUCAACGGUAAUACUAUACAAUGCAACAUCAAUGCCCCUCGAAUUGAGGUUCGAUAUACCAUUUGGUCUUACAUCAAAGGUAGGGUCUGCCUCUAUUUUUUUUGUUGAUCCCUCCAACGAUCUUGGAAUUACAAUUGAUAUCCAAGAUUAUAGGUCCUUGAACAUAAAGUUUCCCCGGGCUGAAUCAUUAUCUACUGCAGCAAAGUCAAAUGGCUUCAAAUUCUCCAUAACAGAGUCGAUUACUUUCUACUCGAAUUUGUCGAAUUCUCCUCUUAAUGUUAUGCUGGAAAAAUCAAUGGAUGCUCGUUCUGGCGCAAGGGAGUUGUAUCUUUCUGUUCCAUUCUUGUUGUACAAUUGCACAGAUCUAUUGCUUACUGUCACUGAAAGCAGCUCUGAGAGGAGUGGGUCCACCCUUGUGAUUCCUCCUAGUUUUGAGUUGGAUGGACAUGCAAAACAUUUGCUUGAAAAAAGUGGUCUUUCUCUUGUUGAUCCAUCUGUACAGUGCUUUACAGGCAAAAUGCCCCAGUUAGAUUUGAUUGAUGGACGCUGCUCUUCUUCAGAGAUAAGCUGCACCAGUAACAGUGAGUCUGUAAAGAAAGAUUUUGACAAUGGUGUUAAAGCUUAUAUGUUUGCUCCUGAUGGGCACACUCCAGCAACUGAACUUUCAGUUAAGUUGAAUGCUUCUCCGCCUAAUAAUGGAACUGAAACAACUCGGCGAAAUUGGUCAAAUACAUUCCUCCUUGUCCCUGCCAGUGGUUCAACAAAUGUUACUAUUCCCCAGUCAUCUACUUCUGGUGCCUUCUUAGUUGCAGUGGCAUCUAUACCUGUUUCAACAGAACUUUUUGGGAGGACAAGGGCUAUUGCUUUCAGGCCAAGAGGAGGUUUUGGAAGUUUUGGCGGGGCUCAAGAUAUGUCAUAUGUAAUGCAUGCAGCAAUGAUUUGUUCUUUCGACAAAAAGGAACACGAUUUUCUAAGCACUUACGUUCUGGGCAACACUCUUUCCUUCACUGGUCUGAUACAGCAAGGAUGGCAAUGGUCAGGAAGUUUUUUCCCUGACCACCUGGGAGAUGCUCAAUUGAAAAUGCGGAAUAGUGCCUCAGGUUUAUCAUAUAUGGUUCGAGUUGAAGUGCAAAAUGCCGAUCUAGACGUAUACAGCAAGAGAUUUUCUGGAAAAAAUAAUGUCAAUACUGGUACAGUACUGAUUCUGCUAUCUGAUGAUAAGACUGGUUUUGUACCUUACAGGAUCGACAAUUUUUCAAUGGAGAAACUGCGGAUAUAUCAACAGAGAUGUGAAUCUAUUGAAACAAUUGUUUAUCCCUACACAUCCUGUCAAUAUUCUUGGGAUGAGCCUUGCUAUCCUCAUCGCCUUACUGUUGAGAUUCCUGGAGAACGAAGUUUGGGUACAUUCAAUCUGGACAUUCUCAAUGAUGAUGUUCAUGUGUCGCUACCUUCUACAUCCGAGAAAGCUGAAAGACAAUUCUGCAUCUCAAUACAUGCGGAAGGAGCGAUUAAGGAAUUGUUGUUUGCUUCUGCCAAGGAGAUGACAGUUGUUGCCAUGCAGAGUUUAGAUCAGCAGAGAUUUACAGCUCAAAUACAAUCUAUGCAAAUUGAUAAUCAGUUCCCUGAUAGCCCACACCCUGUCAUGUUGUCAUUUGAGGGCAGUCAUAAGGGAAAAUCCAUGAACUUUUUUAAGAGUAAAGAUACUAAGCUGAAAUCAGCAAAUGACAUUCUUUCCAAUACUACAGAGCCUGUGCUGCAAUUUGCUGCAGCUAAAUGGAGAACCAGAGAUGUAUCAUUUGUUUCCUACCAAUAUAUAAACAUAAGAAUAAAUAUUGGACACUUAGAGAAAAGUCUUGAGCUAAGUAUUUUAGGUGGUGCUACGGACAUGUUAAGAGAAUAUGAAAAAAUCUCAAAGAAUAUAUCAGACAAGCUCCUGGUGCAAGACAGUGAAUUGUUGCCUUCUGUUGUCCCAGUUGGUGCUCCAUGGCAACAGAUACACCUUUUAGCCAGAAAGCAGAAAAAGGUGUACAUUGAGUUGUUUCAGUUGACUCCUGUCAAGUUGACUUUCAGUUUUACGAGCACACCUUGGCUCAAUAGGAAUGAAGGUGGUUCAGACCCCAGCAUAGGUUUCAACAACACUACUGCAAUCCAGAGAGGUCUUAUGGCCCUCUUAGAUGUUGAAGGAGUACCAGUUUACCUUGGAGAAAUUAUUGCGGAAAAUCUUAUGGCCAGCUGGCAAUCUGUUCAGGACAUUCUUGUGAGGCAUUAUAGCAGGCAAAUCCUCCACGAACUUUAUAAGGUUUUGGGUUCUGCUGGCGUUAUAGGAAAUCCUAUGGGUUUUGCUAGGAAUGUUGGGUUUGGUCUAAAGGACUUCAUAUCUGCUUCAAGAAAAGGGAAAUUGCAGAGCCCAGUUGAACUAUUAAACGGUAUAGCACAAGGUUCAAAAACUCUUAUUGGAAGUACAGUUUAUGCAGUCAGCAGCGCCACUUCUCACUUCAGUAAAACUGCUUAUAAGGGUCUGACUGGGCUCCUUCAAUCACCGAUCAGGGGAGCUGAGAAACAUGGUCUUCCCGGGGUCAUCUCAGGUUUAGCAAUGGGAACAGCUGGCCUUGUGGCACGGCCUAUGGCUAGCAUUCUUGAAGCCACAGGCAGAACUGCCCAGAGCAUAAGAAACCGAAGCAACCCUCAUGAAUCCAACUACUUGCGAGUCCGUUUCCCCAGGCCUGUUGCCAGAGAUCACCCUUUGCUCCCAUACUCCUGGGAUGAAGCCAUCGGUGUAUCGUUGCUUGCCCAAGCUGAGAGUGGUAGACUAAAGGAGGAGACAUUUGUCAUGUGCAAGACACUCAAGGGGGCUGGGAAGUUCCUUGUGCUAACUGAGAAGCUGCUUCUACUAGUCUCAAGUCCAUAUUUAGUGGAUCUAGGAUCACCUCAGUUUGUUGGUGUUCCUCCUGACCCACAGUGGUCAAUCGACACAGAGAUGCACCUCAAGAGCGUUGUUCAUCUGGACAGGUCUCAGGAGGUAGUGAACAUUGUUGGGAGCAAUGGACAGACUUCACCUAGGGACAAAAGAGGUGGCACGAGAAACAGGGACAUGAGCUCGGCCUUUGCCCCCCUGUUUCACCUCAGCAUCGAGCUCCCAAAUGAUGAGGAUGCAGAAGGGACGGUGCAGGUCCUACAGGCACUCAUCGAGAAGGGGAAGGCACGGAGGUGGGACAAGAACAUCCUACACCGAAGCAACAUCAGUUGA